UGGAAAUUUGACCUUGGAAAUUUUCAGGACAGUCCUCCACUCCUCGUACCUUAGCGAACCUGCGGUAGGUUUGUGAGUGCCUGAGUUGUCUGCAAAUGGCGGGAAGACACAAUUCCAUUAUCCCGGGAAGCUCAAAAUCCAGAUCUCCGUUGUUGAUAUUCCUUCUCGCCCUUCUGCCGCUAUCCUUCAUCUUCUACAUAUUUUCAUCCUCUUCUGAUUCCGUGACCAGCUCCAUCGCAAUCCGCCCCGUCCCAAACCCUAACUCAGAAGUUGAUUACUCAUUCGUGUCCUCGCUCGAGAAGUUCCUCGCAAAAUCUCCUCGAUCAUUGAGUGUCAGCGAUGACUCAGUGCUCGAUACAAUUAUCGCAGGGGAUGUGCAAAAGUUAGAUGAUUUGAAAUGGAAGAAGGAGAUUCAGAGUUUAUACGAAGAACAGUUCUAUCCUGCCUUUUCGCCUAUUAAGGUUUAUGUCUACGAAAUGCCUAAGAAGUUCACUUACGAUUUGCUCUGGUUGUUCCGCAAUACGUACAAAGAGACAGGUAAUCUUACUUCGAAUGGCAGUCCUGUGCACAGGUUGAUUGAGCAACAUUCAAUUGAUUACUGGUUAUGGGCGGAUUUGAUAGCGCCAGAAUCAGAAAGGCUGUUGAAGAAUGUGGUUAGAGUGCAUAAGCAGGAAGAAUCAGACCUAUUCUACAUACCGUUUUUCACUACCAUCAGCUUUUUCUUGCUUGAAAAACAGCAAUGCAAGGCUCUUUAUAGGGAAGCCUUGAAAUGGGUUAUGGAUCAACCUGCAUGGAAGCGGUCCGAGGGAAGAGAUCAUAUCCUUCCUGUCCAUCACCCUUGGUCUUUCAAGUCUGUUCGCAAAUUUAUGAAGAAUGCAAUUUGGUUGCUUCCUGAUAUGGAUUCAACAGGGAACUGGUACAAACCAGGACAGGUUUAUCUCGAGAAGGACCUGAUACUUCCUUAUGUUCCCAAUCUUGACCUUUGUGAUGCCAAAUGCUUAUCAGAGAAUGAAAAUAAGAGAAGCACACUGCUGUUUUUUCGUGGGAGGCUUAAAAGAAAUGCUGGAGGAAAAAUACGUGCCAAGCUUGUAUCAGAACUUAGUGGUACUCAGGGAGUGCUUAUAGAGGAAGGGACUACUGGAGAUGCUGGAAAGGCAGCAGCUCAGACUGGCAUGCGCAAGAGUUUGUUUUGCCUUAGUCCUGCUGGUGACACUCCAUCAUCAGCGAGAUUAUUUGAUGCAAUUGUUAGUGGCUGCAUUCCGGUCAUAAUAAGUGAUGAACUAGAGCUUCCUUUUGAGGGAAUUCUUGAUUAUCGUAAGAUUGCUUUACUUGUACCUUCCAGUGAUGCAGUGCAGCCGGGGUGGCUCCUUUCAUUUCUGAGAAAUGUUAGUACUUCUCAAAUCAGAGAUAUGCAAAUGAACUUAGCUAAGUAUUCAAGGCAUUUUUUGUAUUCUCAUCCUGCUCAACCUUUGGGCCCAGAAGAUUUGGUCUGGAGAAUGAUGGCAGGAAAAUUGGUUAACAUUAAACUUCACACCAGGAGGAGGCAGCGUGUUGUGAAAGAAUCAAGAAGUCUCUGCACCUGCGAUUGCAGACGUCCCAAUACUACGACGCCAGAUUAUACCGUGGGAUCGGUACACCAUGAGCAUGGUUGAUAGAGAGCAGGUCGCGGAACAGCUAGCGAAGACCCAGGCUGAGGAGCGGCCGAAACCGUUGUUGGUCUAUCGAAGGCGCGGACGGGAGGGACCCACUUCCGUGGGCUGAAUAAUUUAGUAGUCUCUUAGUUAUUUAAUUAUUGCCUUUAGUAGUCUCCUAGUUAUUUAAUAAUUGCCUUAUGUUUCCUAGUUUUUAUUUAAUUAUGUUUCAUAGUUUAAUUAAUAAGGUUUCCUAGUCUGUUUAGAAAUUCUACCCUACGCAGGAUGCCUAGGUUAUUUAUAUCUCUCAAAAGGAAUGGUUUGAGGGCAGGAUUAUUAUUGAGAAUAAAGUAUUAAUUGAGCUUUAAGCUUGGGCAACGGUUAACCCCG